AUGCCAUCCGAUGGGAGGAAUAUUUACAAAACAUGUCAUGACAAUUUGACAAAUGAUAGAACUUUUAUUCAUCCAAUCAAAAUUAAGGCAAUGGUUAAUAAUUUAUUCUUAUCAGGAAAUUAUUUAGUUCUUUUUAUUUCUGCAUUUAUAAAUCAACAAGGCAGUUUGGGAGUUAUUAGUUCACUAGAUUAUUUAAUCAACCAAUCUGAAAGUCAUCCAUUUCAUCAAAAACAUAAUUGUCGAAGAAUUAAUAAAUCACUUUUUCAGGCCUUUGUGAGGAUUUCUGUGUGUCUAACCCGUAAUACACAUCUCGCCUUUGGUCGGAUGCCAGUAAGUCAACAAAAACCCUUCCUUAACCAAGUUUGGGGACAAAAUUUCUGUGAAAAGAAAUGUGCCACCAAUGAGGUAAAGGACAAUCAGUAUCAGAAGACCUAUCUGAGAGCAGGUGGUCAAGCAUCAACUUUAAAAAUGGUUUAUUUCUAG